AUGAAGUUGUAUGUUGGUGAGGUUGUUACUGAAAUGGAUUGGGAUUGUGAUGUGGAUUUCCUGUCGUAUAUGCAAAUUGAAGACUUGAUCAAGGCAGAGGGGUAUUGUAACAUAAAGUGCCUAUGGUAUUGGAAUCUCAACUUUUCCUUUUCACGUGGACUUCGGCCUCUGAAUAGUGACAAAGACGUGUUAAGGUUAGUGAAAGAUGAGGGAAGUAAUGGUGAGGAAAAUGUUGAGGAAACUAGGGAGGUUAAUGGGGAGGGAGAAACUGUUGAGGAAAAUGUGGAGGUUAAUGGUGAGGGAGCAACUAUUGAGGUUAAUGGUGAGGGAGCAAUUAUUGAGGAAACUGUGGAGGUUAAUGGUGAGGGAGAAAUUGUGGAAGAAACUGUGGACGUUACUGAAGAAGUUAGAGAAGAAGAAAACGUUGAGGUUACUGAAGAAGUUAGUGAAGAUGAAAAUGUAGAGGUUAAUAAUGAAAAAGUUAGUGAUGAGGAAAAUGUAGUGGUUACUGAUGUUGAAAAUUCAGGUGAAGAUAGUGAAACAGAUCCAGAUUAUAACUUGAGCAGUGAGGAUGAUGAGGAUGAUGAUGAAGAAGUUGACUUAGAUGAGUUGGAUUUAGGUCAGGAUGUUGUUGUUGAUUGGCAGACAAUUCUCCCUACAGUUACAACAGAAAAACCUUCAAGGAUGAAUGAUAUUUCUGAUAAUGAAAGUUGUGAUUCAGAUGUGCUUCAUACUCCACCAGAUAGUGAUGUCGAAGUUGAUAUAUAG